CUUCACAAUAACUUGAUUAAUCUCCUCCUCAAAAACCUCAUAGAAGCACUCCUUGCAUAUCUUUAAACACACACAGAAACUUAGCAACUAAAGAUUGACACUUUCUGCUGUAGACCAACUAAGCAGAACGAUUAAUUUGCUCAUAUAGAGAUCACAAUACAGAUAUGGAAGGGCUUUGGAUUCUUAAAAGAUCAAAACUUUACAGUAUUAAACAGUAUUAAAAUUGUUCCAAGACAAAACACAAAACAUGAGACUUUCAAAACAGUUCCUUGAAGGGUUUUGGGUCGUUUGAGGACAUGACGUCUCUGGUUACAAAAGCAGCAGCAGAGGCUAUUAAAGGCACAAGAAUAUUUUUUAACAAAAUAUAAUUUACAAUAUCAAUAGAUUUUAACAUUUUUGAUAAGUAAUGUUUUAACAUUUUUAUUUUACUAUAUUUUAAAACCAUAUAAUUAUAUUAUAUUAUAUUUAAAUUAAAUAAUUAUUUUAAAUAUUACUUAAAUUUUUAAUUACUUUAAUCCGUUUUAUUACGCAUCAUGAAAAUUUUAAUAAACUAUAUGUAAUUUGUUUGGUUAAAUUUGUGAUAUAUACUUUUUUUUAAUUAAUUUUUAACUAUAAAACGUAUUUAAUGUUAAUUUAUUUUCUCUAACAUUUUAUUUGUACAAAAAUAUUUGAUGUCAACUUAAACCAAACAUAAUCUCGCAUAUAUAAUUAUAUAUUGUUAAGAAUAAAAAAACAAUUUAAAAAUAAGAAUCUAAUAUUUAUUAAAUUUAAAGGAAUGCAAUUUUUUUUAUUUAUGAAAAUACAAACAAAAUAAUCUAUUAAUUUAGUACCUAAAUCCUAAAAAUAUUUAUACUUAUUUUCAACUUCUUAUCAAAUAUAGCUUUUGAUCAAAUAGUUUAAAAGAAAAUAACUAAGAAGUUAUUAAAAAUGUAGGACAUAAUACUUUAUUUUGUUUGAACACAAGAUUAGUUAUUGUGUUGUUUGGAAAUACAUUUAGUAUUAUAAUGUUACCAUAAUUAGAAGAAUAAAUUUAACUAUAAAAUAUAAUGGUGUAUUUAAUUAAAAUACUUACAAAAAGGUGGGUCCAAGGGUAGGUUUAUGUUUUAAUAAAGGGAAAUUGCCAAACAUACCACUUUCAUAUAUAAAAUCAUUUUUUAUGUUUAGUUUAACCACUUUUACCUUUAUUUUUAAAGAGAUAAACUUUUUUUAUAACUAUAGAGUUAAUUAGUCUAGACUUAAGAAUUAAAGUUGAGUGGUGUAGGAUUUUUUCGUUAAUGGUAUUACUCUAUAUAUAAAUGACUCUAUUUUAGCGUAAAUUAUAGAUGAAAAUAUAGUGUACAUUAAGGUUUACCCAAAGAAAAGGGAAAACACAGAUAAUUUCUUGGUUUAGAACGAACUACAAAACCAUCUCUUCAGGUUUCUGAUCAGAUUAGGGUUUUCUUAAUUACUCGAUUUCUUAGGGACUUUAGUUGAUCAGUUCUCUAAUUAUAUUAUAUACUUAGAAGUUUUAAAUCAGUCCAUCAGAGAAACAAUGUCUGUUGUUAAUAAUCUUUCUCUGGAACAGAGAGCCAAAAAGCAGAGGAUCGAACCGGUCACCAACGAGUCUUCUUCUUCUAGUAGAUGUGGUCACUGGUUCCUUCGUUACGGAGAAUGCACCACCUGCAAAUCAACUGUUCACAAAGACCAAGGCGGAGUGUUCGAUUAUCUUUCCGACGGUUUACAGCUAAGCCACGAGGCUGUAGCUGCAACGAAGCAGAGAAGCAGAGAACUUCACUUAGUACUUGACUUGGACCACACGCUUCUCCACACCACUCCUCUUCUACGCCUCACCGAAGCAGAGAAGUAUCUGAUCAAAGAAGCGGCUUCUAUUACAAGGCACGAUCUGUGGGAGUGGACAACUGGAGGCGAUGAUCCCGUGGUAUCUUUGACGAAGCUACGGCCUUUUGUUUGCGGUUUCUUGGAAGAAGCCAACAAGAUGUUCACAAUGUCUGUUUACACAAAGGGUAUUCGCGAUUACACUAUGCUAAUCUUGGACGUGAUUGAUCCGAAGAAAAUCUAUUUCGGGGACAGGGUGAUAACAAGGGACGAGAGUCCUGAUGUGAAGACGCUUGAUUUGGCUUUGGCUCAUGAACGUGGAACGUUGAUUGUGGAUGAUACACGUGAUGUAUGGCCCGAUUACCAGAGUAACUUGAUUGUAAUUAGCAAAUACAACUAUUUCAGGAGAAUGAGCAACAGCCAACACUGAAAACCAUACUCUGAGGAGAAGACUGACGAGUGCGAGAAGGAGGGUGGGUUGGCCAAUGUUUUGAAGCUACUCAAAGAAGUUCACAGUGCAUUCUUCAGAGUGACAGAAGAAAAGGAAUUGGAGUCAAAGGACGUGAGAGAAACAAUGUCUGUUGUUAAUAAUCUUUCUCUGGAACAGAGAGCCAAAAAGCAGAGGAUCGAACCGGUCACCAACGUUUCUUCUUCUAGUAGAUGUGGUCACUGGUUCCUUCGUUACGGAGAAUACACCACCUGCAAAUCAACUGUUCACAAAGACCAAGGCGGAGUGUUCGAUUAUCUUUCCGACGGUUUACAGCUAAGCCACGAGGCUGUAGCUGCAACGAAGCGCUUCACCACAUCAGUCUCCUGUUCCAACGAUAAAAAACUUCACUUAGUACUUGACUUGGACCACACGCUUCUCCACACCACUCCUCUUCUACGCCUCACCGAAGCGGAGAAGUAUCUGAUCAAAGAAGCGGCUUCGAAAACAAGGCACGAUCUGUGGGAGUGGACAACUGGAGGCGUUGAUCCUUUGGUAUCUUUGACGAAGCUACGGCCUUUUGUUUGCGGUUUCUUGGAAGAAGCCACCAAGAUGUUCACGAUGUCUGUUUACACAAAGGGUAUUCGCGAUUACGCUAACCUCAUCUUGGACGUGAUUGAUCCGAAUGUGAAGACGCUUGAUUUGGUUUUGGCUCAUGAACGUGGAACGUUGAUUGUGGAUGAUACACGUGAUGUAUGGCCCGAUUACCAGAGUAACUUGAUUGUAGUUAGCAAAUACAACUAUUUCAGGAGAAUGAGCAACAGCCAACACUGAAAACCAUACUCUGAGGAGAAGACUGACGAGUGCGAGAAGGAGGGUGGGUUGGCCAAUGUUUUGAAGCUACUCAAAGAAGUUCACAGUGCAUUCUUCAGAGUGACAGAAGAAAAGGAAUUGGAGUCAAAGGACGUGAGGUUGUUACUACAAGAGAUAAAUUUCAAUCGUGUCGACAAAGAAUCUUUUACUAUGUAGAAACUUUAUAUAAGCAUUUGAAGUUUCAUAUAUAAGAAGAAGUGUUAAGUACCUUUGAAAAGUUAUUUAUUUUGAAGAACAAAACUUUUAAAGUAUAUUUCCAUAUGAUAGUGACUUCCAAAAAAGCGUGUGAUCUGGUUCAUGUGUAAGAAGUAUAAAGUACCUUUACAAUGUUAUUUUGACUAGAAAACAUUAAAAGCAUGUUACAUAAGUGAGGUGAAUGUUAGCAUUUCACUAUCUAUUUUGUAUUAUUCUAUCAUCUCUUAGUAAUAAUAUCGUCAAACCAAAGUGAACUACAAAGCAUUGUACUUACUUACUUUAUACAGCCCAAAAAGAUUAGAAGCUAUGGCAUACUUUGAAUCGAAUAACAAUCUCUACGACACUCUUACAAGAAAACGACAAGGAUACUUCUGUUUUUCUUUAUUACGUUUCAGGAUUUGGAGAUGCUACGGGUUUGUGAAGAGACGGUGGGGGCCUUGAGCGCCGAUGCUCGUUCCUCGCUCUAUGUUCGCGUGUUGCGUUCUCGAAGGGAAGAUUGUUGUUGCUGGAGGAUUCACCACGUGUCGGGAGCUGAGGUAUAUGAUCCUGAGAGUGAUGUGUGGAGUUCGAUUCCUGAUCUCCACAGGACUCAUAACUCCGCGUGUUCGGGUUUGGUCGUCAAAGGGAAGGUUCAUGUUUUGCAUAAAGGGUUAUCGACGACGGUGCAGGUUCUUGAGAGUGUUAAGUUGGGAUGGGAUGUGAGAGAGUAUGGAUGGCCUCAAGGUCCGAUGGCUGUUGUUGAGGGUGUGAGUUAUGUGUUGAGUCAUGGAGUGGUGUACAAGGAAGAGGAUGGUGAUGAGACGUGGAAGAUGGUUGCGUCGGCGUCCGAGUUUAAGCCGAGGAUUGGUAUGGCGAUGGCGAGUUUGAGUGGUGAGGUUUUGCUUGUGGGAGGGGUGAUUGGGCCUGAUAGGGAUAAUUUGGAUAUUAAGCAGAUGUCGGAGGUUGAUGUUUUGACGGUGAUCGUCCGGUGUGGAGGAAGGUUGCUCCGAUGAGUAAGUGUCGUGGUACGGUGCUUGGUUGUACGCAGUUGACAAUGUGAUGGGAGUGUGAUGUAAAGACUGUUUUUUUUUCUCUGUUAUUCUUUGUUUUGUAUUGUCACGUUUUCCUUUUCUUUUUGUGUCUUUGUUUUGUUAUAGUGUGUUUUACUGUUGUGUCAAAAUACUCUUUUGUAAGGAAAAAUGAAAGGAAGGAAAUAGGUAAGGUUAUUCGAUGAAAGUAAGGCUGUGUCAAUGGGACAUGAGGCAGAUAUGAGGUGUACAGUGCAUAACAUGCAAAGACGACAUUCUCUGGGAUCAUUUCUGUUGAGCUCAAUUAAAAAAACCAUAAAAAGGCUAUGGAAUUGAAAACCAUAUUUGCAUUCACAAAGUGACUAUAGACAACAUAGACACAAGAAACCUGAGUUUCUGUUUUUCCUUAUAUUUUCAAAGAGAAUCUGCAGUCUAAUGUAGACAUAUACUAACCAAAACAAAACUGAAAAAAAAACUAUAACCUUUCUUCUUCUUUUUUAACCUCCAACUCUAAUCGGUAAAGGUGCUGAUACUGAGAACAAAGUCAUCGGCA